AGUUAUUGACCUCAAAACACGGUUUUUCGUUUUAUGCAUAGGAAACCAUUUUAAGGACAUGGGGUAUUUAGAAGUAUUCAUAAAUGCUGUUGUUGUAGCUUUGAUGGCUAUGUACGUGUAUGAAAAUCAAAGAAAAAUGGAGAAAAUGUCGACUAGACAUGAUCUAACAGAAAAGGAGCUCGGUGUAUUAAAGAUAGUAUCUAAAAGUAAAGAGGACCAAAUUAACGAGUUAAAGCAAUUAGUAUCUACAAAAGCAGAGACAGAGAAACUAGCCCAAAUAGAAAAUCAACAAAUUUCAGGAAUAAGAAAACUUACUGAAGUAGAAAAUCAACUAAAUGCGGGAACAAGAAAACAAGCUGAACUAGAAAGUCAACAAAACACAGAAACCGAAAAAAUGGCUAAAGUGGAAAAUCAACUACUCAAGUCAAAUGCAAAAGGGGUGACAUACAUCAGAUGGGGUAAGACAAAAUGCGCUGGACCCAGCACUGAAACAAUUUAUUCAGGUCAAGUUGGCGGUGGACACUAUACGCACUCAGGGGCAAGUGUGAACUAUAUAUGUUUACCUAAUAACCCAGACGUGGCACAGCCUCUGAAAUCACAUGAUGCUUACGCUAAUCUGUAUGGAGCAGAAUAUGAAGUAUUUGACUAUAACACACCACAAGGAAUCAGGUCUGGGAUUGGUCAACAUGAUGUUGCUUGUGCAGCAUGCCUAGCUAAAGAAAAAAUAGCAUCAAUCAUGAUUCCAGGAAGGAAAACUUGUUACAAUGGAUGGACAAAAGAAUACGAAGGAAUUUUAAUGGCAGGAUACCACAGUCAUGCUGCUGCAUCAGAAUUCGCUUGUGUAGACAGAGAUGCUGAAGCAAUAGCAGGUGGAUCUCAGAACGAAGAUGGAAUAUUAUUUUAUCCUGUAAAAACACAGUGCGGGUCACUAAAAUGUCCGCCAUAUAAACAUGACACAGAAGUAUUGUGUGUUAUUUGCUCAAAAUAGCGAUGGAAAGAUAUUGUAUUGGUUCAAUUUUGAAUGUCAAAGAUGUAGCAAAUCAGAUAAA